UCUCCCACCCUCGGCUCUUCUAUUCGUUCACUGCGCUCUCAUCCUCGGUGCGGCUUGCAGCCUACUAUCUCUGCCUACUCCUGUGCGUAAGAGCGCACCGAUGGCUAUGUAAAGUGAUGCAGUCCUAAAAACGCGAAACCUGAGCCUGCAAAUGCCUUUCUGGGAAGACGUAUGCGCAGCAGACAGCGCACAUUAGAGAGCAGUUAGUUAGACUGAGUCAAGUUCAUCCAACGGAGAGUUUUUUUUUUUAUUCUGUGCAUUUUUUGGAUGAUGAUAUGUUUGUAAAGACGCUCAACGGCGCGUUGCUAUUUGGAUGUAUGUUUUUGGACUUGUCUGCAUAUCAUGACCUUGCGCCCUUUUUCCUCUCUCCAAAUCUUUUCGUUUCCGCCUGAAGUUGAACGGAGAAACCACAAUGAGAGGGAAAUACUUUCUGCUCUGCUUCUUGUUGCUCAAACUUAUGGCUCUAGUGUGCAAGGCUGAUGGGGAGCCAGGACUGCUCGGAGGAUUCGUAGUGAUCGCCACCUCUAACGGUUCCAGAGAUACGGAAAGCGUGUCCGAGGAGACACCGCACACGGAGGAUAAAUGUCGGGGUUACUACGACGUAAUGGGCCAGUGGGACCCGCCGUUCAUCUGUAAAACGGGCAAUUAUUUGUACUGCUGCGGCACCUGUGGCUUCCGCUUCUGCUGCUCCUACAAGGAGUCGCGUCUGGACCAGAGCACCUGUAAAAAUUAUGACACUCCGGUGUGGAUGAAGACCGGACAGACUCCCUACAACAAAAUGAACAAGCUGCACGACAGCACCAAAUACAAAACGAACGUAAUUGUUUACAUCAUAUGUGGAGUAGUGGCCAUUAUGGCUCUUGUGGGGAUUUUCACCAAGCUGGGGCUGGAAAAGGCGCACAGACCCCAGAGAGAGAACAUGUCCAGGGCCGUUGCCAGUGUGCUGCAGGGUGGGUGUCCAGGUGAGCAGUAUCGUGGAGAGGAGGCCCUUGGGAUGCAUUCGCAGCACUAUGUUUCCAGGCCCACAAACCUUCAGGGCAGUCAGAUCAACAACAAUGUGGCACCAGGCUCAAACAUGGCCCAGCAGCACCCUUACCCUACCCUCAGCCAGCUGUCUCAUGUCUAUGAACAGCAGCAACAACAGCAACAGCAGCAACAGCAGUACCAAGAUAAGGAUCUCAACAAGUACGCUUCCCUGAAGGCUGUGGCUGCCAAGUACAACGGUGAACUCUACAACAAGCGUCGGCUGAUGGUGGAGCUGCCAAUGAAAGGCGGCCUUCCUCUCCAGCCAAUGGUCAACUCCAGACCCUCUAUGGGCAACAUGUCAAUGAUGACCCCUUCAAUGACGACCAAUCCAAUGGUUUCAAACCCCAUGACCUCCAAUCACAUGAACCCCACCAUCACCCAGAUCACUUCAAUGACCCCAAUGACGUCUAUGACACCCAUGACCUCCAUGACACAUAUGACCUCUUUGGGUCCACUGACUCCAGAGCCAGUGGCCACCUACGUCACAGAGAUGCCUAGCAUCUCCUCUGUCUCAACUCUGCCAACAGAACGGCACAUAGCCAGUGGAGUAGGAGUAGGGGGACUCAGGCCAAACGGCCAGAAACCCAAAGUCAGUCAUGGCCAUGUUACCUACAGCUCACACAGCUCUCACACUCAUGCUCACAGCCACAGUAGCAAGCUGCCAGGACUUGGGGCUACCUCCCUGGCACACAAGGCGGGGACCAUGCCAGGUGGCACAUCCCUGGGCAUAUCCAGGGCCGCCCAGACUGUCAUUGGCACCAGCUCAGCUACAAUGGGCCGCCCAUUGGCUUACAGUUCUAACACAAUUGCGUCUGGGCAUUCAAUGGGGAAGGGGCUGAAGGGCUGGGACGGGACUGAGACGCUGGGCCAGAGGAAGACCUAUGGGCACAAGAGGCCUCAGUGUACCAUACUGGAACCGAACCAGCUCUAUGGCACUAGAGGCCAAAGCCACAGCCAACACUUCCUCCCAACACAGCCCUACUUCGUGACCAACAGCAAGACAGAGGUGACUGUUUGAGAGAGGAAGAAUGAGAGAUAAAGAGGAGUAAAGGAUGCAUGUAGAGUGGUGGGACAGGUAAUCUCUGAGUGGAGGCAUCAACUCCUGGGGUGCUUGAAGGUGCAACUCUGUGUGUGUUUGUGUGAAGAAGCUGAGGUUUGUUGGUAUACUGGUGAACGUGGUGGGAUAGCAACCCUGUGUCCAGGUGGUCCUCGUUUCACAAAUGGAGUUUGCUAAUUUAAUCACUGCAUAAACCUUUGUCAGGAGGAUGCUGUUGGUGGUGUCUGUAACCAUGACAACAAAGAACUUAGAGCAUUGUCUCACAGCUAAUAUCUACUCUGUAAUGAUAACUGUAAAUGUGCAUUACAGUGCAACUACACACAGAUGAAAAAGUGGGAGGCUGAUAAUAACAUGGACUGGCUUUGUUGUAAGAAUCAAACCUCAGAAGCAAUAUAAGGGAUCAAGGUUAAAACGCAGAAGCAUCAUGGGAAAGGAGAAAUACUGCAAGUCUACCCACAAACCUCGCAACAAGGGUUCUGCUCAUCUGCCCAACAAUGUGUCGAAUGGUUUGUAAGAAACACCAUUCCCUUAUGAUCCCGCGAAAAAUCUCCGGAGGGAUUUAAAUGAGACACAUGUGAUGAGGGUGCUGGGCUUUGGACUGCAGACAUGCAGGGAUUUGUACUGUGGCUAUUCAGAAGUGCAUUCAUAUGCCCUGCAGCUGAAGGCUGCCUUUUUUCACAAGGCUCUACCACAGCGACUUGAGGCUCUUGCACUAGCAUUGUUCUGCUGUGAUCUUGUCUAUGCGGUGGCAGCUGGCCCAGAGGAGGGAUAGGGAGGUAGCAUCUGGAUGCUGCUGCAGCUGGCAGUCAUUCCUUGGAGCAUCAUUCUACUCACAUGUGCACACAAAUGCAGGCACUUUUUCCACACACACAGAAAUAUACAAUAUGUUAUGGAAAAACACACACCAGGGUUUGAUCAGGACAGGCCAAUAAAGAAUGAUACCAGUAAGUUUAGAACUAAAUUACUGACUGCUGAUAUUAAUUUGUGCAUAUGUCUUCUUUAAAUAUGACUGCUUGCAUUUCAAAAAUUGUGUUCAGUGUUUCCCCAAAAUGAUAUUUUUGUCAGUGAAUUUAGACUAUUGCAGUACUAAAAUUGUCUUAUAGCAACCAUAAAUAUUAAACAUUUAGAAAUGGUAGCUAAGUCAGAAUGAGAAACCUUAGUCAUUCCGUGACAGGAUACACGACUGCCUUUAAAUGAGAAAACUAGUUAGUAAUGUAUUUUAUGUAAAGAUUUAUACCACUUAUGUCUUAUGUCAAUAUGAAGCUACAGCCAGGAGUCCGUUAGCUUAGCACAAAGACUGGGAAACAGCUAUCAUGGUUCUGUCCAAUAGGACAACAAAUUCUGGUAAACAGGUAUUUCAAAAUAAAAGUGCAAAAAGGACACUACAAGGUUAACAAAUAUGCAGCAAUACUGAUGUAGCUAUGGGCAGGAAUGGCCACAGUGGAAAAAAAUGACGUGUUCAAUUAAAGCGUAUAUUUUAUGUAUGUAUCAGUUUAAGGGGAACGGUGACAGGAGACAAAAUGUAGGUAAACUGAGCAACUAUAUGCCGAAAAUAUUUCAUUUAAGUGAUCAAAAUAAAGAAAGUACAGUGAAAAGUGGCAAUAGGAACUAAUUUUUGUGUUAACUGAAGACACUGCCACAGGAAUCUAGGUCUGAUUAGCUUACCCACUGUACUCGAGCUGUAGCUUAAAAAAAAUUCAUCACAACCAGCAGAAAAAAAGAUUAUCUGGGCUACAUGACUAAAACAUAAAAAUAAACUGACAAAUCUGACAAAUAGGCCAAUUCAUCUAAGGGCAUCUCCGAGUGUAUUUGCUUAUUUUGUAAAGAUAUAAUACUUUUCGGCAGCUGCAGCCACUGUUACUCUAUCACUGGGACCUUGUUAUCUCAAGUGCUGCUUCCACCUCUAAGACCCUCUUUACAAUUAAGAUGCAUUUUAAGUGAUCAAACUGCAAUCAGAAAGUGCUUAGCCAUGUUAAAAUAAAAAUGAGAAUGUACCCAAGACACAGUAAGAGCAGAUUAUGACUUAAUUGUUGAAGCCAUCUCUGGAGGUGGUUAGAGAGGCAUUUGAUGUAAGUGUACUAUAAAUGCAGUUAUGUCUUAGAAACGAAGCAAAGCACAAGCAGGACAUUUUUGGAUAGACAACAAUAAGAAGGGUGUUUACUGGCAAUUUUAAGGCAUGAAAACAUAAGAAAAAAGGUGCACGGUGAGAGAGCAAGACACUGGAUUUCAGUGUGACAGUUUAUCACCAGCUCCAGCAGAGCUACAGUCAGUAUCCAGACUGCAUGUACAGUAGAUCAGUGGUGCAAAGGGGGGGGGACCAUACUGCUAGCAUCAAAAGCCAGGUGAAACAACCACAUCAGCUGAGUGUAAGAUCAGAGGGGGAUUUUUGCGUCAAGCUGUGGGAACCUCCGCUGCCUUGAGGGUCACAUGAAGCGAAAACUGAGACCAAACUGAAACUGGGGUGCAGGAUUCAAGAUGUCAUCAAAACAUUACACCUAACACACGCACACACACAGAAUACAAUACACUACAGGGUGGACUCUGCUUACCCUCAGCUCCCACAGUGCCGAUUGUCAGGCAUCAAACAGAGAGGCAAAGAGUCAGUACUGUUACUGCACCUGUUGUACAUGAAAGACUGUGAAACU